AUGUCAUGGUUAAAUGAUUAUACGAAACCCAAAUGGCCACUAUGGUGUCGUCUACUUACAUUCGGUGGUUUGUUUGUUGUUCUACCUUUGCUUAUCAUAACUACAUCCGUGCUUACUCCCAUUCUUCUGACAAAACACCAUCGACAUCAACAUAAUCCAGCUAUUAUCAGUAAUGUUGAUCCGACUACUUACAAUCAAAUAGCACACGAAUUUGAAAAUAAACUCAAACUACAAACAGAGGAUACUUUACAAUUGGAAAAAGUCUAUCAAGAAUUAGCUCAGCAAUCACAAUGUAAUUAUUUUCUUCCAAGUAUCGAUGAUACGCUUUUCGUUUUUCAAUUUCAUUUACGUCAUUCAUCAUCCGUUUGCAAAAAUCAACUUUGUCGGAAAAAGCUGGAUGCAAGUGUAUACCAUCAAUUGCAUACUAUCACUUAUUUUCCCAUUCAAAUCAGUUACAGUACUACAUUGGAAUUAAAUCUCUGCUCGAUUGUCGGAUUUCCAAAUACAGGUAACUAUUCCAAAUGUUGUUCAAAGAAAAAUCAAUAUAGUUGUCAUUUUACUCGAGAAACAUCCUCAACCGACUUGUAUACAGAUCCUAUUUCAUGGGCACCAGCCGUUCGUAUUGUUACCACCUCCGCACCUUCAGCAAGUAUCUGUCAAUCGAAUUCAUCUGAUCGACGAAACAAAUGGAUUAUCGUCGGAAAUAUGUCCGAAGCUAUCAUGGAUCAUCGAAGUACACUCGUUUUAGAAGAGAAUUCCAUCCUUAUAACUGGCGGUGCAAAAGAUCAGCUUUUCUUUUCUGAUGCAGUUCAAAACUAUCAAUUCGCCAAUCAAUCCUUGUUACUACGCGUCAACAAAUCAAUGAUCGUCAAACGUUUUCUUCACUCAACUGAUCGUCUACCAUUAUCAGGUUUAAUUCUUCUUACUGGUACAACGCCAAUUUCCACAUCCAAAGAACAGACGAUUGCUGAACUAUUAGAUCCGAUAUCAGGUCAAACAAAGUCCAUUGAAAUGUUAACUAAUCGACGAUUCCAUACAUCUGUCGUUAUCCCUACUGACGAUAAAGUUGUCCUAAUUGGUGGAAACAAUUACUCGUCGACAGUUCUGUCAACUGGUGAUGUAUUCAAUGGCACACAUUUUAUUCCAAUCUUGAAUACAAUGAUGGUUCAACGUAUCUACCACACAGCUACAUACAUACCAACGUUGAAUAAAGUUCUCAUUAUCGGUGGAAGGGAUGCUGAACAUAGUGAACGAAAUACAUACAAUACAAUCGAAUUCUACGAUGUAACUUCGAAUAUGUUUGAAAGACUACCGAAUAUUACCAUGACGACUGCUCGAGCUCGACAUACAGCAACGUAUAUUCCAUCUCCUGUAAACAAACUUUUGAUCAUUGGUGGGGAAAAUAAUGAGAGUCAUUAUUUAGAUAGCUGUGAACUAUUCGAUAUUCAAACACUAACAUUUACGAAGUAUGGAAAUAUCAAUUUUGGACGUUAUGAUCAUCAAGCUAUAUUAUUAAACAACCAUAAUAAUAUCUUAAUCACAGAUGGUAUAUCGAAUAGUAUUUCGAUUAUACAGUCCGAGAUUUUCAGUUUGAAGACAAUGUCAGCGUGUCAAGCAGGUGAAAUGAAUACGCUUCGGGAACGAUUCACAUCGACAUUAAUACCGUCGACUGGUGAAGUUCUUGUUUGUGGUGGUAGAGACGUAUUCUACAGUGCAUUGAACAGUUGUGAACUAUAUGUUCCGUGA